UUAGCAGCCACAACUAGAGAGUGCGCGAGGGGUGUGUUUGGGUGUGCGUGCGCGCGCGCGGGUGUGUGUGUGUAUGUAUGUGUCUAUGUGUGUAUGUGUGUGUGUGAGCUAGAGGAAGGAAAAUCAGGGAUGCAGGGCGCUCCCUGAAGCGCGCAGCCUGAGCAUGGCACUUUGUCGGAUUUACCCGUUCCUCAUUUUCCUGCUGCUUUUCUUUUCCUGCCCCGGACCGGGUCGGUGCGCGAGGAACUAUCCUGAUAAUGAAGUUACGUUACUGGACUCCAUGUCAGCUCUGGGGGACCUAGGAUGGGAGGCGUAUCCAGCAGAAGGGUGGGAGGAGAUCAGCGUGAUGGACGAGCGCAACACGCCCAUGCGCUCAUAUCAAGUGUGCAACGUGAUGGAGGCCAACCAGAACAACUGGCUCCGUACUCGACACAUUGCCCGUCAUGGUGCUCAGCGCAUCUACAUCGAGAUCAAGUUCACGCUACGUGACUGCAACAGCCUUCCUGGAGUCCCUGGGACUUGCAAAGAGACGUUCAACAUGUACUAUCAUGAGUCCAACAACGACAACCUGUGGUUUAUCAAGGAGAGCCAGUACAUCAAGAUUGACACAAUUGCCGCAGACGAGAGCUUUACCCAGACCGACGUUGGUGACCGCGUCAUGAAACUGAACACAGAGGUUCGGGAUAUCAGCAACCUAAGCAAAAAAGGUUUCUACUUGGCUUUUCAGGAUGUUGGUGCAUGCAUCGCGCUUGUCUCCCUACGGGUUUUCUAUAAGAAGUGCCCGACUGCUGUGCACAACCUGGCGCAUUUCCCUGAUACGGUGACAGGGGGCGACUCUGCACUUGUAGAGGUGCGUGGAUCGUGCGUUAACAACUCUGAGGAGUUUGAGUCACCGAAGAUGUACUGCAGUGCCGACGGUGGGUGGUUGGUACCGAUUGGGCGCUGCAUCUGCAAGCCAGGCUUCGAGGAGGGCAAGGACUACUGCCAACCUUGCAGACCAGGUACAUACAAGGCUUCAGCCAAAGAUGCCUACUGCACCAAGUGUCCUCCACACAGCUACUCGCAGCAGGAGAAGGCAUCUGAGUGCACAUGUGAGAAGGGCUACUACCGUGCUGACAUGGACCCUCGAUCUAUGGCCUGCACUAGGCCUCCAUCAGCUCCAGAAAAUGGUAUUUCCACGCUAAAUGAUACAUCUGUUGCACUGGAGUGGCGUCCUCCAAGAGAAAGCGGUGGGCGCGGUGACCUUGCCUACAAUGUGCACUGCAGGAAGUGCGCACCAGACGGUAGGAAGUGCGGCCCGUGUGGAGGCGGAGUUCACUUCACGCCACGGCAGUUUGGCCUCGAUACAACGAAAGUGUUUGUGUCCGGCCUGCUUCCUAACACAGACUACGCGUUUAGUAUCGAAGCGAUCAACGGUGUCUCCGAUCUGAGUCCGAGUCCGAAACAGCAGCUCACCAUCAACAUCACCACUGGGCAGACAGUGAGUGUGAUUCUGAAAGAGAGGAGGAGUAAAGAUAGCAUCACUCUGGCAUGGCAGGGACCAGAGAGACCCAACGGAGUCAUCGUUGAAUAUGAAGUCAUCUAUUAUGAGAAGAACCAGCGGGAUCAGAACUACACAGUGCUAAAGACAAAAUCUAACAUGAUGACUGUUGAAGGCUUGAAACCGGGCACUACGUAUGUAUUCAGGGUUCGAGCUCGAACUGACGGAGGCUACGGCAGCUACAGUGGAGAGAUCGAGCUGGAGACCAGCCAGGAAGAUAUGCUGGCCAUUGGAGAUCCGAACCAGUCCACCAUCUUGGCGGUGUCGAUAGCAGGAGGCGUGGUGCUGCUCAUCUUCCUCAUCGCAUGCUUCGUAGUGAGUGGAAGACAUUGCGGCUACAUCAAAGCGAAGCAAGAUCCCGACGAGGAGAAGAUGCAGUUUCAGCACGGCAGAGUCAAAUUGCCAGGAAGCAGGACCUACAUUCAUCCCCAUACCUACGAGGACCCCAAUCAAGCCAUUCGCGAUUUCGCUAAGGAAAUUGACGCCUCCAGCAUCCGCAUAGAAAGAGUCAUUGGUGCCGGGGAAUUCGGCGAGGUGUGUAGCGGCCGCCUGAAGCUGCCAAGCAAGCGAGAGAUCUAUGUGGCCAUCAAGAGUCUGAAAGCGGGAUACUCAGAGAAGCAGAGGCGUGAUUUUCUGAGCGAGGCGAGCAUCAUGGGUCAGUUCGAUCACCCAAACAUCAUCCGGCUGGAGGGGGUCGUCACCAAAUGCAAGCCGGUGAUGAUAAUAACCGAGUUCAUGGAAAACGGAUCCUUGGAUACGUUCUUAAAGAAACAUGAUGGUCAGUUCACCAUUAUCCAGCUGGUAGGAAUGUUACGCGGAAUCGCAUCCGGGAUGAAGUAUUUAUCAGACAUGAACUACGUCCAUCGUGAUCUGGCUGCACGGAACAUCCUGGUCAACAGCAACCUGGUGUGUAAAGUGUCAGAUUUCGGCUUGUCCCGAGUGUUAGAAGACGAUCCCGAAGCUGCUUAUACGACGCGGGGUGGAAAAAUCCCCAUUCGUUGGACAGCACCGGAGGCCAUCGCGUACAGGAAGUUCACUUCAGCGAGCGACGUGUGGAGCUACGGGAUCGUCAUGUGGGAAGUGAUGUCGUAUGGAGAGCGGCCAUAUUGGGAGAUGUCCAAUCAAGAUGUGAUAAAAGCAAUCGAAGAGGGAUACCGCCUCCCUCCGCCAAUGGAUUGUCCUGUGUCUCUACACCAGCUCAUGCUGGACUGCUGGCAAAAAGAGCGAGCUGAGAGACCCAAGUUCAGCCAGAUUGUCAACAUGCUAGACAAGCUGAUCCGAAAUCCCAAUGCCCUGAAAGAGCUGGCCAACAGUUCCAUCUGGGAAGACCCAAUAACCCCAGAGUUCAGCGCCAACAGUGUGGACGAGUGGCUGGAAGCCAUAAAGAUGGGCCAGUACAAGGAAAACUUCACCUCUGCUGGCUACGUCACAUUAGAUUCAGUAAUCUACAUCAGUGUAAGUGAGUUGAGUAAGAUGGGUGUGACCCUUGUUGGGCACCAGAAGAAGAUCCUCGCUAGUGUCCAGAGUCUGCAUGCCCAAGGGAGCCAUGUGCAAGUAUAACAGCUCUGGACAAACUGAUAGACAGAUAGAGGAGGCAAAAGAGAGACAGUGUGGAAGUGUGGAAGAAGAACCUAGAAGAGUGCUUCACCAUGCCAAACCCCAAUCCUGGACAUUUGGCAACAGCUCAAGAGCUCACAAUUUGUGCAGCAGAACCCGAGACUGAUUAGCAGUGGAAAAAUUCAAUCCAGACGGAUGAUGAUGGUCAAACGAAAACUCUGAUGAUUUAAGAACAUUAUUGUGAGAUGUGUACAGUCAUUUGCAUUCUUGUUUCUUGUCAUUUGCUUCAUUUUUCACGGUUUGAGAUUUAGAUAAAUAAAAAGGUUGGACCUAAUGGUAGUGUGUUUGGAGCUACAGUAUGGCCCUUGUAGAGCUGUACUCUGAACAUGAUUGCAGACAUGAGGUACGGUUUGCAGCCCUGGCUCACAAGAUGAUGUUUAAGAUGGCUAUUUUUAAUGGUCUGUAGUAAUAAUUGUAUGAGGCACUCUUUCGGGUUGGAUUCCCUAACUAACGGCAAUAGAAGAUUAUGUUUCACCAGCGGAAGUAGGGCUAGCAGUCUUCUGGAAAUGUAAUUUAAUCCCAGUCUUUGUGUUUCAGAUUACAGCAUUAUGGUAUGAGGAAACAUUGCAGCAGUAGCUAAUUAAUUGCUAAGAUAAGAGAUGUCCUUUAUUGUAAUAUCCAGUAGAUAAUGUCAGUUUUUUGUCAGUAAAAAAAAAAGAAAAAUAGUCAUAUGGUGGGCUAGUUUUUGAUAGUUAAUGCUAGUCAUGGUUAUGCACCAGUUGUCUGAUUGAGAAUGUCUCUUUGUGUAGACCUAUAAACAGAUUUCUUUUGGCUUGGUUUUCAUUUUAUGAUUACAGAAAAGCAGAACAUGCCCAUUAGUGUAUGUAUUACACCCCGGUACACAUGACAUGCAUGGUCUCUUUGAGAACUUUAAAGGAAUCCUUUAUCGAAAAACAGCAGGUGGCCAAGUAUCCCUUUUUUUGAGCCAAGUAUUCCUUUAAAGUUUUAAAGCAAAUUAGCCUACACUAUAAGCUAACUUGAGAGCACUGAAUGCAGAUUAAUAUUGUAAUUAACAUACUCCUGAGGAUGGCAAGAUGUUACACAUAGUGCAAAAAUGCAUUGGAGCAUUAUUUGUGUUUAGCAUUAUGAGGAACACAUUACAUAUAUACAUUCCCAGGUAGAAAAAUGAUGUUUAGGUGACUAGCUUGGCCCUAACUACAUAGUGUUUUGUCAGUGUUGAGACAACAUUGGCAAGGUGGAUUACAAUUUGGCUGAAAGUAGUCCCUAGUGGCUAAAAAAUUAGCCCAAUGGUCAAAAUACUGUUGGGGCAAAUUUGGGAAGUUGGAUUCAAAGGUAGCUUAAAACCGGUCCUGGGGGUUCAAUCUUAAUUAUGCUGAGGCAAUAUUAGCAAGGUGGAUAUAAAGGUGGCUAAAAGUCUGUCAACUCCUGUCUCCAAUUGUUAGCCCAGUGUAUUUUCCAACCAGACACUGGGAAAGGGUCAGUAUAGCUACUGUAUAUAACUCAGUUUCCUACCUUGGGGAGCCUCUGAGCAUCAACAAUGAACACCAUGUCUUUCACCAUAUGUUUGUUUACAGCAGAACAAGAAACGCAACUUACACUCUUGUAAAAUAGUGUAUAAAGCUGUACAGUGUCGAAUUCAAACAAGUGAACAAAAAGUUGUAGAAUGUUUGUAAUGUACUUUAUUUCAUUUUCUGAAGAAGAAGAAAAAGAAGAUGUGAGACAUAUCGUUCGGUGGAGCUCGCCGCCAUGGGAUAUACUGUAACAGAACUCUGGAACGUAGCAUGGAUGCUAAAGCUUCAUCUUUUCUAAGCAAGUGACAGUGACUGCGGUUCUUUUUUCACUCCAGUGGUGGCUGUAGCUGCUUGACGUUAGAUGCCUUACUAACUGUGCUGUUUCUUUCUCUUCUUCCUGGUAGAGGCAGUAUCAUGAUGAGAUAUAUUGUACAUAGUAUUUAUCAUAACAACGCCACUGAAAGCUAUAGUGAAUGUCGGCGCAACGCGUCCAGCUUUGUGUUAAUUCACCUUUCAGAGGUUGAACCUCCUUUUGUUCACAGUAUUCAAGCUUGUGUUGGUGCAUGUAACUUUGGGGAAAGAGUGAUCACAAAAUUGUUCAUGCUGAUUUUGCUGCAUUUACAACACUACUAUUUUUGUACUGGUUCUGUAAAGUAUCUGUUUCAUUUAUGCAAACGUCAAAUUGAUGAUCCUAGUAGGUUCAUACAAGCAAACCCCUUCCUUUGAAAACCAUAUGCUUUCUCUUUCGUACUAUGGAACACGACUGAUGACAUCCCUACUUAUUAAAAAUAAUACUUAGUCAUGACUUAUUAACAUGUGGUUAAGUUAGUUCUUAGUAGUGGACAUGACUUUUGUAAUGCGAAAGAACAAGAUAAUUACAAUACGAGUAUUAAUUAGGAAGAAGUGAUCUCCAUCAACUUACUAAGUUAUGGCCCUGACUUAAUUAUGUUGUUACCUCACAUUACUAAGUCUAAGGAACAAUAUAAUUAAGUUAUGGUCAUUUAGUAAUAUGAGGGAAAAGAUAAUUAAGUCAUGGCCACAACGUAGUAACUUGAGGAAAUGAGAUAGUUUGUGGCCAUGAUGUAACACAAGUAAACAAGAUACUUAAGUUGUGUCCAUGACUUUUUAAUGCAAGGGUACAAGAUACUAAAAAGGAUGUCCAUGACUUAGUAACUUCAGCAAAUAAGGUAAUUAAAUUGUGGUCAUAAUUUAGUCAUGUGAUGGAACGAGAUAAUUAAGACAUGACCACAACUUUGUAUCUUGUUAGGAAAUGAGUUAAGUUGUGGUCAUGAUGUAGCACCACAAGUAAACAAGAUAACUAAGUUUUUGACAUGAUUAGUAAUGUGAGAAAACAAGAUAUUUGCCUGCAUUCAUGGCUUAAUGAAAAGGAACAAGAUAAUUAAGUUAUGGUCAUGAAUGGAAUAACUUGAGGGAUCGAGAUAAUUAAAUUGUGCCCAUGAUAUAAUAACAGAAGGGAAUGAGACAAUUUAACUAUGAACACAAGAUGGUGGAACAAGUCAGGGACAAGAAAUAGUAGCAAAAAUACUGAAAGUAAUUAAGUAAUUGAAGCCAUUUAUUAAAAAAAAAAAGAGAGAGAGAGAGAGAAUGAGAUAAUUAGCUAGUGAACGUGAUUUAUUAAUGCAAGAAAAUGAGAUAAUUAGCUAGAGAAGAUGAUUUAAUCACACAAGGGUGUGGGAUAAAUGAAAUCAUGGUCAUGAUUAGAGAAUGGUCAUGGUUGAAAAAAACUUUUAAUCGAAAUGUAGACACUAGAAAAGUUUACGUGUACUUGUUUUUGAUUAUAAAAUAGAAUGUUCAUUUGAAUAAGGCUGUUCAGUUAAAUUAUAUAAUACACAAAAAACAAUGAUUGCCUAAGUUCAAUCAUUUACAAUAACUAGCUCAAAUAGAUGAUCGCUAUUGUUCUUUGAUACGAAAUCGGUUCUCUUAAAAUUCCGCAAGAAGAAAUAAAACCUUCGUUAAAGAUUUUUUCACAUUUGAAUUUUGAUAUGUUUUCAUAUUUCGGUACAAUCAUAUCUCUUUAAUACAGGGUCACAAUUUAAUUAUCUCAUUUUCGUAAGUUAGUAAGUCAUGUGACCUUGUGAGGCUCUGGUUAGUACAAAUAUUCCCCUGGUGACAUUUUCCAUUUUUUUGCCAAUGGUGUAGUUAUUCCUUCUAUGGUGUAUUUAACUAUAAAACCAUAUUGUCCAUACAUAAUUUAGGUACAAAGCACCAUCUGUAUCACACUGUGCAAUUUGUUUGAAACAAUUGCAUGUUUUAGCCGAGUCUAAGUGCUCAUUAUAAAAUCUGAUGGUUAACGGUCUGUGUAUUUAGCAGGAGAAUUUAAAAUAAAACAACAGAAUUCAUGGGGAAAAAAUGAGUUUAAUUUAAUAAUGUAUCCAAUGUCAUAAUUUAUUUGAGGUAUAAAUGACCAUUUUUUUUUUAUUCACAUAUAAACACAAAUUAUUAUCUUUUCCAGCUCAAGCACUCUUAAUGACACUUAUUUACUGACACUGCGGGUGACACAGCAAGACAUAAACUGCAAUAUUAAUUAAAAAAAAAAAAAACAUUUCUUUCGUUGUUUAUUUUUAAAUCUCGGCGACAGAAUAUCGACUGCUUUGGAUUCUCUCUAUUAAGUCUAUUCGAGGAGACAGGCAGUGUGGUGGAUUAAGAUUAAGUGGCUAUGAGAUAUAUUUUGGAACGCACCACGAGGCAAAAAAAAAAAGAUGCAAAUGAUAACGAUGACAACAAUAUUGUAGCUUGUGUUUCUUUCCUAUGAUCCCAACAAUGUGUGUGAGUGAGUGUCCAAAGAUGUUCACAUCAGCAACUUGCGACCUCCCAGCAAAGAUUUAAACAAUUCACUUAAAUAAUAUUUUGGACCAAUCCUAUGGCACUUGUGGUCUGAGGUUUCUUCAGUUCCCUGCUUACAAUCUGCAGUUCAAUGUAUUUCUUCUCGAUAAAAGAAAUAUUACUAAGAGAAAAAAAUUAAAAUUGUAAAGAAGUGGAGGAGAUCGCUGACGUCUCGGGCUAGCUAUUUCUUGCUUUGCUAAUCAACCAAUUUUCACAGCAGUUAAUAUGUUAUUUAGUUCAUGUUAAAUUGGUUAGCUGUAGACUAUACAUUUUGGCUUCCAGCGUUGAAUAAAAAAGCCUGCGAGCCAGAGUCUGCGCCCAUUAACAAGAAAUAUAGCUACACAUGUGCCACAAGAGACAAACCAUUGCGUAGUUUUCUCCAGUUCAAAAAUAUCACCAGUGUUUUUGGUUGCAAAAAUAUUUGUACAGGAUUUAACAUUCUUUGAAUGGUGGCUUUUUUUUUUUAUUUAUUUUUUUUUUAUUGAUAAUCUUUUUUGAUUAUGUUUAAUAAUUUGUUUGUGUCCAAAUAUGUGAAAUAUGUCGUUAGGCGGGUACGUCUUUCAAUUGCAAAGUAGCUACAAUAUAAACUAAAAGUGGGUGGAGUUAAAUGAUCAGAAAAAGCAUGUUUGUUUGUUUUAAAGCGAGGAACGUGAACCAAGAAGACACGAAUCUACAGCUUAAAACUCUUCAAGGACUAACAAAAAAGGGUCUGAAAUGAAUGUUUGUUUAAAGCAUAUUUGUUGCAAGAUUAUAGCAAUGGUAAAUGUGAUGUAGCUAGGCUAAUGAUGUUUUGCAAAAAUUGUCCAUGAAGUGACUCUAAUGCAGGAUGUGUACAUUUCUUUGACUCCUUAUUACUGGUUAUUUCUGAGAAGUCGUCUACUUAAACCCAUUUAAGUCUUUAAGUCACCGCAGGUUUCUAUUCA